ACGAGGCUGUCAAAAAGUACCUGACAACUGGUGAAACAAAACUGAAAAUAAUUUCAUCAGCAGAACUGUACAAUCUGCGUUAAAUAGUUAUUUUUAAUAGAAAACUCCACAAACUCCUCGCUCUGCAGCCAUGUCCAGCUUCGGAAGUGCGGACACGCCGAAAGCAAACGUCGAUCCUGAGUUGCAGGACUUUCUGAUGGCUGAAAACGAGCGUGCCCGGCUUAGCGCACAGAUCCACGAGUUCAAUGAUAUCUGCUGGGACAAGUGCGUGGAGAAGCCGAGCAACAAACUGGACAGCCGGACGGAAACGUGCUUGGCGAAUUGUGUGAACCGCUUCGUCGACACGUCGCUCCUGAUCACGCAGCGUUUUGCCCAGAGCCUACAGAAGAGCCAGGGAAUGUAAAGGGCUCUGGUGCGUGGGGUACCGUUUCAAUGGGAACGCAUUUUGGGAUGUAGUUUUUAGUUACAGCAGGGCCCUUUAAUCAUACCAUUCUGUUCUGUUAAAUACACAUGUGCCGUGCGGCAUAUAUAAUAUA